GCGCCGGGGCGCUGCGUUCCCUACGCGGUCAUCGAAGGCGUAGUGCGGUCCGUUAAGGAGACGCUGAGCAGCCAGUUUGUGGAGAACUGCAAGGGCGUCAUUCAGAGGCUGACGCUGCAGGAGCAUAAGAUGGUGUGGAACCGAACCACCCACCUCUGGAACGACUACGAGAAGAUCAUCCACCAGAGAACCAACACCACCCCCUUCGACCUGGUCCCUCUGGAGGAAGGUGCCGGUGUCACCGUCAGGGUGAUGAAGCCGCUGGACGCCGCCGAGCUCAGCCUGGAGACAGUGUACGAAAAGUUUCACCCCUCCGUCCAGUCCUUCACUGACGUCAUCGGCCAUUACAUCAGCGGAGAGCGCCCGAAGGGAAUCCAGGAGACGGAGCAGAUGCUGAAGGUGGGCACGGCGCUGACGGGGGUGGGAGAGCUCGUCCUGGAUAACACCACGAUCAAGCUGCAGCCCCCGAAGCAGGGCCUGCCCUACUACCUCAGCGGCGUGGAUUUCGACUCCUUGCUGCAGAAACAAGAAUCGAAUGUCCGGUUCUGGAAAAUCCUCACCGUCGUUUUCGGUUUUGCCACCUGCGCCGUCCUCUUCUUCAUCCUACGGAAGCAGUACCGGCAUCACCGAGACAGGCGGCACCUCAAACAAAUGCAGGAUGAAUUCCGGCAGGCCCAGGAGCGACUGAUGCGCGAAAUGAAAGCGGAAGGCGGAGAGACGCUCAAAAACGCCUGCGUCAUCUGUUUGAGCAACACCAAAUCCUGCGUCUUCCUGGAGUGCGGGCACGUUUGCUCAUGCAGCGAGUGCUACCGGGCCCUCCCCGAGCCCAAAUGGUGCCCGAUCUGCCGGCAGGCCAUCUCCCGGGUGGUUCCCUUGUACAACAGUUAA